ACUAUAAAAAAAAAAAGAUAGUCUUCUACUUUCGCGCCAUCUUGAAUUGUUGAGCAAUUCACUUCGAAGAAAACAGUAACAAUCUAGUUAUGAAAACAGAAACUAGAAUAAAGCAAAGCAUCGAUUCCUCCGAGGGGGUAUCGGCAAAACAAUCAAUCUUAACAGUUGGUGUGAUUUUUAUUACCUCAUUAUCAGCAUUACUUUAUGUGUAUACUACUUUUCCAGAACUUGCAGAAGAUGAACGACAACAUAUGAAAUUACCGUUACACAUUGAAGAAGCUAAAAAUUUAGGUAAACUUCUUGGACGAUAUAAAGAUCUUUAUUAUUUUCAAGUGCUCGCUGGAUUGUUUAUUAUGUAUAUUUUUUUACAAACAUUUGCUAUUCCAGGUUCUAUUUUCCUUUCAAUCCUUUCUGGUUUUCUUUUCCCCUUUCCCUUAGCCUGGUUAUUAGUAUGCACCUGCAGUGCAGUAGGAGCAUCACUUUGCUAUUUUCUUUCAUCACUUUUGGGACGUAAAUUACUUUUUAAAUAUUUCCCAGAAAAAGCAAGAGAAUGGUCGUUAACAGUAAAGAAGAACGAAAACAAUCUUUUCAAUUACAUGCUAUUUCUUCGAAUAACUCCAUUACUCCCAAAUUGGUUUAUAAAUUUAGCCAGUCCUGUAAUUGGAGUGCCUCUUGCACCAUUUGCUCUAGGUACUUUCUUUGGAGUUGCUCCACCAUCUUUUAUUGCCAUUCAAGCAGGUAAAACAUUGCAAAAUUUAACAUCAUCUACUGACGCAUGGUCAUGGAAUAGUAUUAUAGUAUUAUGUAUAUGUGCUAUAUUACCAUUAGUGCCUAUUAUAUUUAAACAAAAAGUACAACAAAAAUAUGAUUAACUUUAGAGAAGAGUUUUAAACAAAAAUUUAUUUAUUUAAAAAAUA